CUAUUCAGAUCUACUAACAAUUCGCGGUCAAUAUGACUGGUCGUGGUAAAGGCGGAAAGGGAUUGGGUAAAGGAGGAGCUAAGCGUCAUAGGAAGGUGUUGCGUGAUAACAUCCAGGGUAUAACGAAGCCUGCCAUUCGUCGUCUGGCCCGUCGUGGUGGUGUCAAACGUAUCUCCGGACUCAUCUAUGAAGAAACCCGAGGUGUCCUGAAGGUGUUUCUGGAAAACGUGAUCCGUGAUGCUGUUACUUACACCGAGCACGCCAAGAGGAAAACCGUCACCGCCAUGGACGUUGUCUACGCCUUGAAGCGUCAAGGACGUACUCUGUACGGCUUCGGAGGUUAAUCACAUCGCUGCUUGCACCCAACAACACAACCAAAUCGGCCCUUUUCAGGGCCACGAUAUGAUCCUUGAG